GAAAAACGAGGAGGACGACAUGGAACGAUUUAUUUGCUAUCGAAACGAAGCAAAUGCAAAUUGUACCGGAAUUGCGCAGAUCAGAAGAAGAGGGAUCCGCAUCCGAUAGACACGAAUCAGGAGAGGAUCGAAAGGAUCCGCAUCCGCUAAAGCUAGACAAUAAUGCGAUGCUCCAUGGCCGGGUCAGGUGGCAUGCAGAUCAACGAGGUAUCAGAGAAGACCACUACGAAAUAUAGCGUACUACACUUCAAAAUAAUGGACGAUAUUCAAGCUGCUUUCAACAACCCUAGAUCCGCAACGAAGAUCGGAAGCGAUGAUCACUUCGUUAAGACAUGGACAUGGAGAUCAAAGGUAG